AUGGAAAACGUGGACAGUGAAUUAUCAAAACACGAUUGGAUUCAAAGAUGCAAAGCAUUAUACAAUGGUAUUGAAACAAAGAUGAAAACUUUAUUAGAAUUUGAAGAAACGUAUGAAAUAAAAGAAUCUCUUCGAUGGUUACCAGAUCUUCAUUUAUAUUUUCUCUAUUUAAUAAAAUAUGUCGACAACCAAAUAUCGAAUGGCUUAUUUUGUAUCGUUUUUUUUCUGGUCGAUUUAUACAGACAACUUGAACAAGAACAAACAAAUAAUCAAUACAUUUCCACAACGACAUGUUAUCGAGGUCAAUGUAUGUCAGAUGAUGAAUUGAAAUCUUUACAAGAAUCAUAUAACCUAAACCGAAAUUCAUUGACGAAUACAUGUGAUAAUUUUUAUAUUAUUGCUAAUACAUUUCUCUCGACAACGAGUAAUCGCCAAACAGAUCUUGCAGGUUUUUCAGGUUAA